UCACAUCAAAUUUUGGCACCAUAAAAAUAUUAAUAAAGAAAAUCUAAGAAAAGUAUGCCGAAAGUACGCCGGAGCCGCAAGCCGCCCCCAGACGGAUGGGAGUUGAUAGAGCCCACACUCGAGGAGAUCGAGCAGAAGAUGCGCGAGGCGGAAACAGAACCACACGAGGGAAAGCGCAUUUCGGAGUCCCUCUGGCCCAUAUUCAAGAUCCACCAUCAGAAGACGCGCUACAUCUACGACCUGUUCCACCGCCGCAAAGCCAUUAGCCGAGAGCUCUAUGACUACUGCCUCAAGGAGAAGAUCGCCGAUGGCAAUCUGAUAGCCAAGUGGAAAAAGUCCGGUUACGAGAACCUCUGCUGCCUGCGAUGCAUACAGUCGCGCGACACGAAUUUUGGCACAAAUUGCAUCUGCCGGGUGCCCAAGUCCAAGCUCGAGGAGGGUCGCAUUGUGGAAUGUGUGCAUUGCGGGUGCCGCGGCUGCUCGGGAUAAGCUCAAGGAAGGUUGUGGGACGCGGAGUCCCUGCAUCUGCUGCGAGUGCCCGAAUCCGAGCUCGAGGAAGGACAUUCUGUUAAAUAUAUGUAUUCAAGCCAAUAGCCAAUAGCUAUACCCACAGAGCGACACGCCUCCAAGAGAGUUAAGACAUUGUAAUGUACAAAAAUAAAACAAUUUUAUAAAUAAAUAAAAAAUGGAUGCGACUUA